AUGGCUUUAAGACGCAUCAACAAAGAGCUCGAGGAGCUCAGUCGUGACCCUCCAGCAAACUGCUCUGCUGGCCCCAUAGGUGAUGAUAUGUUUCAUUGGCAAGCAACCAUCAUGGGCCCUAAAGAUUCUCCUUAUGAAGGCGGUGUCUUCUUCCUUAACAUAAACUUCCCCAGUGAUUAUCCCUUCAAGCCCCCGAAGUGCCACUUCACCACUAAGAUAUAUCACUGCAAUAUUAGUGCCAAUGGUUCCAUCUGUCUCGAUAUCCUCAAGGAUCAGUGGAGUCCAGCACUAACUAUAUCCAAGGUUCUGUUGUCUAUCUCAUCGUUACUCACCGAUCCCAACCCUGAUGAUCCGUUUGUUCCCGAGAUUGCUCAUAUGUACAAGACCAACCGAGCGAAGCAUGACGAAAUUGGUAGAGAAUGGACACAAAAGUACGCCAUGUAA